UCGGUGCUUAAUCUUCUACUUAAGCUUUCUGGUGGCUGGAGACCAAGGAAGCAAAAUGUACAGACUAUUAGUGGAGGCUCAUCAGCAAUCUUGAGGCAGUAUGAAGUUGAAGGUCUAUAUGUUGUCUGCUCAAUUGACAUUGUGAAGGAGAUGAAAUACAUUCAAGUAUUAAAGAUUUGGGACAUAUUGCCUCUGGAGGAUAUCCCCAUAUUGACAAAUCGUUUUAUACAGAUGGUUUCAUCAAUCUUUGCAAUGAGACAUGUCCUGAGGGUGAUUUGGAAGUUCCUUAAAGCUGGCCACCCGAUUUGGAUAUUCCCCCCCCCCCGGUUUAAGGAUCCGAGCAACACUGACGCUGAGAGUGACUUAGUUAGUGACGCUUCUGAUGGUAGAAGAUACGUUGAGAAUUCACAGUUUUGCAUGUGGUGGAAGCGAUUCAACCGAGAAAAGUUUGAUUGAUAUGGCUGAUUUUGACGAGGAGGAAUCUCAAUUCAAGGAUAUCAAGGAUUCGUUUCAGGAUGGUUCUCCCAAAUCUUACCCUCUUGUAAUAACAUUUCAUGAGUUCUUGAUGAUGCUUCAUUGUGGAUGCUGGAACACUUGGUCACGGUCAAUUGGAAGGCUCAAGAUCCAUUGUUACAGCUCACUUAUCAGCUUCAGUUCGCAUAUCCAUCAAUGAGAUAAUUAUGUCACAUCAGGUGCAAGGCCCAUCCGUUUCAUUUGUGCAAACAAGCAACUAGCAGCAUCCAAAUCGCCUUCUUUGCACAUAUAACCAAUCAUUAUAUUGUACAUGAAAACUGAUGGAUUAAUCCCAGACCCAAGCAUAUCCUCGAAAAACUUGACAAAAUCGUCCUUCCCUGGCUUUGGUAACCUCAAAUUCUUCAUCCUCAAGAAACACUCGCUUCCUCAAGCAUUCCAACCUCAACUAAAACACCAAACAAUGCAUCGAGCACUCCAAAUCCCGGAUGAAGGACAUUCUUGUGACUACUAUUAUCUACCUCUGCAUCUCAAGCGUUGCUUUGCUUUUGCUUCUUGCAUGAAGCAUUUUGUUUUUUCAAGAUUAAUUUGUAUUUUUUUUAAAUAUUGGUAUAAAAAGUAUUUUUACCAGAAA